GCCUUUGCAAAGAAAUACACCCAAGACCACGAAUGGAUCGAACUCUCCCCUGACAACAAAACCGGCACGAUCGGCAUAUCCACCUACGCAGCAAACGCCCUCGGCGAUGUAGUCUUUGUCGAACUCCCCACCACAUCCCUCGAAGUAAGCUCUGGCGACACAAUCGGCAGUGUCGAGAGUGUAAAGAGUGCUUCUGACAUCAUGACUCCGGUCAGUGGUGUCAUUGUGGAGGCCAACGCUGUGUUGGAGGAGAAGCCUGGUACGAUCAACAGAAGCCCUGAGCAGGAUGGUUGGAUUGCAAAGAUUGAGGUCAAGGAUGUGUCAGAGGUGGAGGGCUUGAUGGAUGCAGAGGCUUACAAGGCUUUUACCGAGGAGAGCGAGGAGUAA